AUGCCUAUCAAAGUCGGGAUCAUGGGUGGAUCCGGAUUGGAAGAUCCCCAAAUUUUACACAAUGCAAAAGAGGUGGAGAUAAAUACUCCAUACGGAGCGCCUAGCGACAAGUACAUCGUAGGUACUAUUGGUGAUGUAGAGUGUAUCCUGCUAGCUCGACACGGUCGCAAGCAUGACAUCAUGCCAUCAGAUGUGAACUUUCGAGCCAAUUUAUGGGGGAUGCAUUCUCUAGGAGCGUCUGUGAUAAUCGCAACUAUUGCUUGCGGAUCCCUCCAAGAAGACGUGAAACCUGGCGAACUCGUGUUUCCAGACUCCGUUUUUGACCGCACUAACGGACGGAAAAGCACAUUCUUUGAUGGGACCAAUCCAGACACACCUGGUGUAUGCCAUAUACAGAUGCAUCCUACCUACAAUGAGAAACUGAGAAAGCUUCUCAUGUCUACUGCUACCGAUCUCAACCUCACAUUUCAUGACGGUGGUUUCGGCAUCUGCAUUGAAGGGCCCAGGUACUCCUCGAGAGCCGAAAGUAGGAUCUUCCGAUCGUGGGGAGCGAGCCUCAUCAAUAUGACUAUGAUGCCCGAGUGCGUCCUCGCAAAAGAACUUGGUAUACCGUAUGCCACAACUGCUUUGGUAACCGAUUAUGACUGCUGGAGAGAAGAUGAGCAGGUGUCUAUGGAAUUGGUCAUGAAAACAUUCAAGGAGAACGCUUAUAAAGCAAAAAGUUUAUUCAUCGAGGCAGUGAAACGAAUCGCUGAAGAGGACUGGGAAAACGAAAUUGCUGUUCUAAAGAAGCUGCUCGUGAUGCUGUUAUGGUUGGACGUCAAGAAGUGA